AUGGAAAGGAGACUCCUAAAGAAGGAAAUGAAGAAAAUCCUGGGAGAUUAUAUUGGCAUCAGACUUCGGGAAAAUGAAUUUGACCCCAAAGGAAGAAGGCAGCUCACCUUUCUAGAUGAUAUGGCUCACUAUGACUUGGCCAUCAGUGUUGCUUUGCAUUGGCUGGAUCACUCGGAAGACUUAACAUGGCUGGAGCAGGAGGAAGUGAAAAUACCAUUUCAUGGCAAACCCAUAUAUCCAAAUCACACAGAACGAAAAGCUAUGAUUUUAUCAUCUUAUGCUGGAAUCUUAAUGAACAGCAUCCCAAUUGAAGAAGUGUUUAAAAUUUAUGGAGCUGCUAUCUCUACCAAUUCUGAUAAAACCAAGGUUCCUCCAGCCUUCCGCCUCUCUUUGCACCCAUUUGCCAUGCUAACAGCACCCAAAGCCGCAGAAUACGCCCGCAAUCAGAGUGUCAAGUUAAGAAGAGGAGCAACAAAUAAAAAUGCCACCAACAGCUCAAUGAGGGCGACAAAGGCCACGGAAUGGAAGUCAACAAAAAGUUUGUCUUUGAACGUGCAGCCAAAGAACAAAGUAUGUCUAAAUGCAGAUUGA